GCGGUUUGUCCCUCGGCGGACACCGUCGCAGCUCCCCAACCAGCGCAGCUUCCCUGAGCUUCACAGUUUCAUUUAUUUUGAUGGAGUUUUUGCUUCGAACAUGAGAUGUCCGUCCUGCGCAGAGCCAAGACGUGGGAAAUCUCUGAAUCUGAGGACAGUGACCAUGAACCGAAAGCAGCUUUUAACCGCGGUGAGAGCUCAACUGACAGCAGAGGAGAUCAUGAGGAGAACUCCGAGAAUCUACCAUCUUCACCUGCAAAAAGUGACUCCACAGUCACGCUACCUCCUCCGCGGCCAGAGGCAUCCGGCGGAACGCCCAGUCCUGCACGGAAACGCCGCACCAAGGAGGAGAUAGAGGCGGACAAACUGAAAGCCAAGCAGAGGAAGGAGGACAGGGAGAGGCAGAGGGCUGCUAGAGCCAGGGAGAAGGAGGAGAGGAGGCAGGAACAGCAGAGGAGGAGAGAAGCUGCAGACAAUCUCAAGAGUCUGCGGCCAGAGAACUGCAUAAAGAGCCUGACUGUCUGUAUAGAACCAGCCCUUCUGCAGCACGCUGGAUCUGAUAUUUUGCUGGACACCCUGGCCAUGUUGGAGUGGAGGUUUACUGUUGAGAGCCAACAUCUAUCUCACAGUAUCACCUGGACCAGAGAUUUACCUCAGCAGGGAGAAGACGGUCAGGCCUGUGUGGUGGAGGAGCAGAUGGUUCUGGUUUUGACACUGGCUGACUUCGUGGACAUUGUGAUCUCCGUUAGAAAAAUGGUGGACAGUGAAGGGGAGGAGAUGGAGAUGGGGACCGUCCUCAGUCCUCUCUUGGAGUGUCUCAACCGGAAGGCCAACAAGGUGGUCACCAUGUUGGUGAUGGACUUUGAGUCGGAUCAAGGGAUAAAGGAGUCUGGGGAUUAUUUUCCAGAACAGAUGCUACGAACCAAACUGGGGAUGAGGAAUCAGGAUGUGGAGGAGGUGCUUGUGUACCUGCAGCUCUACAAAAACAUCUCAGUGGUUUUCCUGGAGAGCUGGCAGGACGUCACUGACCAUGUGUGCGCCGUUACCAAGGCUUUGUCGAAACGCCCCUUCAAGCUCCUUACCGAGCGAUCCGAGCUACCUUUCUGUGUGGACGGGUCCUGGGCCAGCGGGGCCCGGGUGGAGAGGGACGGCUCGGGCCUGAGGGACGUCUGGAGCAGACAGAUCCAGCAGCUGAACCGAGUGAGCCCGGCAGUGGCCUCUGCUGUGACCGAGUCCUUCCCAUCUCCUCAGCUCCUGCUGCAGGCUUACCAAAACUCAGGGUCUGAGGCGGAGAAGAAGGGAAUGCUGGCCGGUCUUUCAGUGAAAACAGAAGGCAAAGGAAGAAGGAUUGGACCGGAAAUUUCAGCCAGAUUGUACCGCUGCCUCACAACAGAGAACCCUCAGCUGGUCCUGGACUGAUCUGCCCAACAUGGAAACCAGGAUUAUGGUUUUUAUAUUAAAAAAUCCAACCCUAAUUAUGUAUUUAAAUGAACAAAUAAGGUCUAUUUAAUAAAGUAUAAAAAAAUAAGCUGUAUUUUCUAACCCAAAUACCUUAUAGUGUGUAUGUUUACCUGUGUAUUACUAAAUAAAAGGAGACAAACAGAA